UGAGCUGGAAGAGAACAAUAAGAAUGGGAGCAAGAGGCUGGAUGCAAUGACUCUCAUUAAAGAAGAGAGACGACAUGGACCUCUCAGCAAGCUCUAUACCCGGGUGCAGGCCUCGUCCAAUUUGCAGAAAUGCCACACAAUCAAUGGGCGAACUCUUAUUAGUGGAGGUCAUGGAUCUGCCAAAUCCUGGCGGGAGAAAUCCCAGAGCUCCUUCAGUCAAGCCCAGCACCCACCUGAGAGGCCAGACAAGAGGCCGAAGGACAACCUCUGCUUGUUUGUGCCUGUUGUGAACCUAGAGAAGAUCUCUAGCCUUCCAAAGCCUGAUGGGGAUGGAAUCAAGGCCACCCCAAGACCCUCUGACCCUGCUAUCUCCAGACAGUCUUCUGCCAGCUCAAAAGAGGCUGUGGGCAAAUCUUCCCUAGCGGCAUCACCAAAAGAAUCUGUAGUGCCAGCCAAGGCAGGUGGCAACUCCAUUGUGCCCACAGAUGGCUUGAGCAGGAAAUUGGAGAAUCCUUCAACCUUGGGAGAGAAGGAACAUGUGAAGUCUCUGAAGAAGAUGCCACGGAAAGAAUGUGACCUAAACAGGCAGUGUGGAGUAAUGAACCCUGAAACCAAGAAGAUUUGCACACGGUUAUUGACCUGCAAGAUCCAUUCUGUGCAUCAACGGCGCGAGGUGCAAGGACGUGCCAAGGAUUUUGACGUCUUGGUGGCUGAGCUGAAGGCCAGUGCCAGGAAAGGGGAGUCCCCCAAAGAUAAGAGCCCAGUCAGGAAGGAAGCAACUUCUGAAAGACUCUCCCAAGACUUCUCCUCAUCAUCACAGACAUCGCUGGUCCUGCCUAACUCUUCUCCUUGCCGAGUGAAGCAACCUCACUCACACUGUGCACUUUCCAGGUCUAGGGUAUCCUCUGAAAGUGACCUUGAUGACCUGCCCACCACUUCAGGUGAAGCUGACCACGGGCUCUACCCUUUCCCAGCACCCAAAGGCACCAGUCGGAUUUCAAGUGAGGAGAGCGAGGAUGAUACAGCAGAGGAUGUUCGCAAGCUGGAUUGCCAUUAUGCAACACAGGCACCACGUCCCCAAGCAUUCUGCACUUUUGGAAGCAGAUUAGUGAGCCCUGGGUGUUAUGUGUUUAGCCGACGACUGGAUCGAUUCUGCUCAGCACUCAGUACCAUGCUGGAAAGGCAUCUCAGCUCUCACAUGUGGAAAAGGAUCCCUCCAGCUGCUGAUCACCAGCUGCUCUCCACGCCAUCACCUGUGCUUCUGGGCUUCUCUACAUCCAGCAAUUACCAGAACAACAGUUCCUCUCUGGUUUGCAGCCUUCCCCACAGCCUCCCUGGCAGGACCUCUGUGUCCUGUACACCUUCAGCGACAGUGGCAUCCAGGGAGAGCCGCACUCACCACAGUAUGAACUAUGCAGUGGGGUCACCCCAUGUUGCAGCCGCCUGCAGCCAGUCAGACUGCAUGGGCGGGAGUCAGUCCAUUACCUCCCCACUCCCAGCCAACACCCCUUCACCAUCCUUCAGCAAGUUGCCUUUGACCAAGGCCAGUAAGUCCUCCAAAACCAAGGAGCUGGCUGGCAGCAUAGAGCCAGAGGCUGUGGCCCGGAAGCGCAAGCAGUCUCCCAGUGCCCCUGCUAGUCCACCGUACAAACAGACCUGUUUUCUGGAUCUGGGCAAAAGCAAGGCUGCUGGCUGCCCAGCGUCCCAUCCCUCUGCAAAAGCCAAGCCAUCUGUGAUUGCUUCCUCCCCUCUCCCCCUCAAUGGAACAGUCUCUGCAGGUGCCAGGAUCAAAAGGGUAGGCCAUCUAGACUGCAGGGCUCCCAGCCAUGUACCAGUCAAAGCUUCACAGCUGGAGAACCGGGGCUCCUCACUGAAUGCCCCCAAAGCAUUGCAGGCCAACUGCAUCUCAGAUGAGGAGGCCAAGCGACGCAAGAAUACAGCCACCUACUGUAGGCCAGUGAAGGCCAAGCACGCCCCUUCUCCCUUGCCUUCCCCUUCCUCAUCUGACUUGAGUGGCUCUAUCAGAAGGAAGAAGCCAGUUGUUUCCCUGGGCUUUGAGGAGAAGCAGAACACAAUGAAGGUAGGUGUAUCCUGAGCCUGUGGCUCCCCCCUUUCUUCCCACUUCCAGGGAGUCCUGCUGACACAAGCUGAGCUAAGGCUGAGAACUUUAUGACCAGGACUUUUCAGAAAAUGUUUCACAGACAUUUCAGUUUGGGUAGAGUCUAUAUGAGGAGUUUCAAGCAAUAUCAAGAGACAAAACUGAACUGCUGUUUAGUAAAAAGUGUUCAAGUGUGCCAGUUGUAUCUCAACUGCACUAUCACAGCAGGAUUGUAGAACAGUGUAGCAAAAAGGGAACACCAUGCCAAGCUCUUGACCACAAUUUCCAGAACUUGCAUCUCUUUUACUAGUGCUGCCAGUCAACUCAAGCUUGAAUUGGCUGGGUUUGUUUUUUUCCCAUGAACCAAUGUUAAGCUGUUAAAAUAGAUACAUUUUGAAAAGACCCUGUAAUAAUUGUAGAUGCUUCUGGGAAGUUCACAACCAGGGUAUGAUGGCCACUCCCUUGUUCUUUAUUCCUUCUCCUGUUCCUUCUCACUAUUGUUAUAGUUGAAGCUGCCAAUUCAGAUUGGAGAGGAGGUGUCUGGGGUAUAAACCUUGUAUAAUCAAGGAUUAAU